AUGGCCUCGUCGACCCUCCCGUCUUUACCCCACGUCCCCGGCACAGAUCCGUCGUCGUGCAUACUGGAUUGCUUCAGGACUGCCAUCGCAAAACGCGUCUCAGACGCACUCCCCCCGCUGACCCUCGAUCAAGCCUACACCGGCGUCGACUAUGGAAAAAAGGGCAUGGAUUUUACCGUCGCCCUGCCUCGCUUCAGACUUCCCGGAAAACCUGAUGAACUGGCUGCGAAGGUGCUUUCCAAUUGUUCCAGCCCGACGAUUUCAUCGCAUCCAUUCACCCACGAUAAACAAUUUCUUCACUUCCAACUCAACAGCGCCAGCCUCAUUCGUGAAGUCCUCAAUCAAAUCCAUGCCCUCACGUACGAAAGCCCAACCGGAAAGCCUUCAUAUGGAACGAAUACCUCAGGAGCAGGGAAAAAAGUCGUAAUCGAAUUCUCAUCACCUAAUAUCGCAAAGUCAUUCCACGUCGGACACCUUCGAAGUACCAUAAUCGGCGCAUUCUUGGUCAACCUGUACAAGACUUGCGGAUGGGACGUCACAUCACUAAAUUAUCUUGGCGAUUGGGGAACGCAGUUCGGUAUGAUCGCCGUCGGUUUUGAGAAAUACGGAUCCCAGGAGGAGCUUCAAAAGGAUGCAAUCAAGCAUCUUUACGACGUAUACGUCAAGGUGUCCCGAGACGCAGAAUCCGAUCCCAACGUCAAAGUCGAAGCCGCCCAAUUCUUCAAACGGAUGGAAGAUGGCGACGAAAGUGCUCUCGUAAACUGGCGCGUGUGGCGAGAGUUGAGCGUCAAGAAAUACAUCGAGGAGUACGAUCGACUGAACGUCUCGUUUGACCGAUACACAGGCGAAAGUGAGGUCGGCAAAGAGUGGCAAGACAAAGCCCUAGAGCAACUCGACCAGCAGGGACUAAUCACCGACGUGAAUGGCGCCAAGCUUGUCGACCUGGAAAAAUGGAAAAUGGGUAAAGCGGUUCUCCGCAAAGCAGAUGGUACCUCGAUUUACCUAACCCGGGACAUCGCUGGUGCGAUCGAACGGUACGAAAAGUACCAUUUUGACAAGAUGAUAUACGUCGUCGCUUCUCAGCAGGACCUUCACCUUGCCCAGUUCUUCAAAAUAUUGAGUUUGAUGGGCUUCCCCUGGGCCGAUCGACUCGAACACGUGAAUUACGGAUUGGUGUUGGGCAUGAGCACAAGGAAGGGUACCGCUGUCUUCCUCAACCAGAUCAUCAAAGAGGCGUCGUCUGUCAUGCACGAGCAAAUGAGAAGGAACGAGGACAAGUACAAUGCGAUCGAGGACCCUGAGAUGGUCAGCCAAGAAGUCGGUAUCACCGGCAUUAAGAUCCAAGAUAUGGCAGCCAAGCGGAUAAACAACUACACCUUCAACUGGGACAGGAUGUUAUCUUUCGAGGGCGAUACCGGACCUUACUUGCAGUACGCUCACGUGCGCUUGACCUCAAUGGAACGCAAGAAUCCCGAACUUUUACCGCUGCCGCCCCCAUCUCAGAUCGACACGUCCUCUCUGGCAGAUUCUACGCAUGCACGCGAUAUCGCAAUCCUACUCGGGUCCUAUCCCGAUGUCGUCAAAACGGCUAUGAAGACGCAUGAGCCUAGCGGGGUGGUCACGUUUGCCCUCCGCUUGUCCCACGCCAUCUCUUCCGCUUGGGAGAUGCUCGUGGUCAAGGGCGAGAAGGACCUGGAUAAGGCGAGGGCGAGGUUAUGGUUGUAUCUCUGCGCGCGGGAUGUUCUUGGUGCUGCGAUGCGGUUGUUGAGCAUCAGGCCGUUGGAGAGGAUGUGA